CAGAAUGCCGUUUGCCUUUUGAAGGUUUUUUUUGCUAUAUGUAUGCAAGUUGUUUAUGUUGUUGUUGCCCACCUUAGCGUUCCACAAGGCGGCACAGUGGAAAAACAGUGACGUUAAACAGGCACUGGCAGUAAGUCACUGGCGUAAAGUUUUACCCAAGUCGGAACCGGAGUUCCAGUCCGUAGCCAUUGCCGCUGGUCCCUCGCAGUCGAAGUCAGAGUUGAAGUCAAAGUCGGAAUCGGAGUCGGAGUCGGAGUCGUCUGUCGCAUAACUCAAAUCUGAUGAAAUAUGGAGCUGCUUCAGGCACUUUGCUGCACAUUUCUACUGCUGCUAGCAAGAAUGCAAGUUCUAUAUGCAGUCAGUUGGGAGGAAUGGUGGACAUACGAUGGAAUAUCGGGUCCUGCAUUUUGGGGUCUAAUCAAUCCAGAAUGGUCAUUAUGCAAUAAGGGACGUCGCCAAUCGCCAGUGAAUUUGGAACCACAGCGUUUACUUUUCGACCCAAAUCUACGACCCAUGCACAUUGAUAAACAUAGGAUAAGUGGCCUAAUAAGCAAUACGGGUCACAGCGUCAUCUUCACCGCUGGCAAUGAUACAGUUGCCAAUUACGAUGGCAAUCAAACGCCAGUUAAUAUAUCUGGCGGACCAUUAUCGUAUCGCUAUCGUUUCCAUGAGAUACAUAUGCAUUAUGGACUGAACGAUCAGUUUGGCUCGGAGCACAGUGUGGAGGGUUAUGCAUUCCCAGCUGAGAUACAAAUAUUUGGCUACAAUUCACAGUUAUAUGCAAAUUUCUCCGAUGCCCUGAAUCGUGCCCAGGGCAUUGUAGGCGUAUCCAUAUUGCUCCAGUUGGGCGAUCUCUCCAAUCCUGAGCUGCGAAUGCUGACAGACCAAUUGGAACGUAUUCGAUAUGGCGGCGAUGAGGCAUUCGUUAAGCGUUUAUCGAUACGAGGUCUAUUACCGGAUACGGAUCAUUAUAUGACCUAUGACGGAUCAACAACAGCGCCCGCUUGCCAUGAGACGGUAACCUGGGUGGUCUUAAAUAAACCCAUCUAUAUAACCAAACAACAGUUACACGCCCUGCGCCGUCUUAUGCAAGGCAGUCCUGAUCAUCCGAAAGCACCGCUGGGUAAUAAUUAUCGGCCGCCACAGCCGCUAUUACAUCGGCCCAUUCGCACAAAUAUUGACUUUAAGACGACGAAAACAAACGGCAAAGCCGCCUGCCCCACCAUGUAUCGGGAGGUCUACUACAAAGCGACCAGUUGGAAACAGAACUAGAAGUCAAUGCACCACAUAACUUAAGCACGUAAGAACGUAACGUAACGUAAGACGUUUAUGGCGUAAGUAGUGUGCGGUGUGCGCAACAGGAGCUUCCACUAAACAUAUAAACAGCAAAAUUUACAAAAACCAAAAAACAAAAACAAGAAAAUCAACUUCAAGGCGAUUAGAAAAUGGC